AUAGCUCUUGAGCAGCUCAUUCGCUUAUUAACUAGUAUACAAAUUUGUUGUUGUACUUUCGGCUGCUCUAUGCUAAUCAAUUUUUCGUAUCAGAAAAGUAAAUAGCAGCCAAAAAAGAUUCAUUUGAAAAACAAACAGAGAUACUCAAUAGGGCUCCGAAUGGGUAAAACAUAAAAACUGGUAAUCAGUAAACGUCAAAAGUUCAAAACUCAAAACCCGAAUUGCUGUACCGCUGCUCAGAGAUUCAACGGGGAUUUCCAGUUCAUACAAAGACGCGCAGUGAACUUUAAGAAAAAAAUAAGUGUGUGCAAUAAACGUACAUUUACGGAAAUAUAUUGUUUCGCAUUACUCCACAUCGUUUUGAGCAGUAAAUUAUUUAUUUUUAUAAAACAGAUUCGAAGCUCUGAGAUGUAUCUCUCUCGCAGUUCGCGCUGUUUAGUUGGUGUUCAGUGGUGUUUGAGUGAAGACGUUCCUGCUACAUAUAGCCCAUUGAUAUAGCAGAUAGUAGAUGCAAAGUCACAUAACAGUAACUAAGUAUUUUGUUCAAGUGAAUUGACGAAUAAACAAAGCGAUCGCACGAUGAGUUCGCGCUUGUGCUGCCUCCUGUUGGCUGCAGUGAUGAUGAGGCAAACACCUGCGAAGCCGCUGAUUGCAGAUCCCACUUUUUCCGAUAUUGACCUUGUCGCCGAAGAUUCCCAACCUGAAGAAGUCUAUGUAGCAGCGCCGGUACGCGCAAAACGUGCGCCACAGGGAUUCGCAGGUAACAGUUAUGCCGGCUAUACGCAGCAACAACCAGCAGCAACUGUGGUGCAUCAUGAACAUCAUCGUGAUCGUCCACCGCCACCUCCACCACCCCCAUAUGAAACGUACUCGCCACAAAACUCUCAUGUCUACCACCAUUCGCAUCAUUCACCUCAUCAUUAUAAAUAUGAAUCGCCGCCGCCACCACAACCUCCGCCACCACCUUCACAUACACCGUUAGAUUAUUACGAUUAUGCUUCAAAUGAUUAUUCAUCAGAUUUCGAUAAUUAUCGGCCACCACCGCCACCGGCACCUGGUUUUCCCGGCCACAAUCCGUUUGGGCCAGGUCCGCCUUUUAGAGGUCCUCCUGGUCCUCCUGGCUUCGACCGAAGACCGCCGCACCAUGGACCACACGGUCAUGGACCACCCGGUCAUGGACCACCCGGUCAUGGACCACCCGGUCAUGGACCACCCGGUCAUGGACCACCUGGUCAUGGACCGCCAGGCUUUGGACCGCCUGGCUUCGACCAUGGACCACCGCCGCCAUUCCCUUACGGACCUCCGUCUGAUCCUCCGUCCGGUCCUCCUUCUCCACCAGUACAACCAGUACAAGAAGAUCCCACGAGUACGUUUACACCCACGCCUACGCAACAAACAUUUGCUCCAAUACCCAGCACUACAGCCGCACCGAUAAUACAGCCGGUGGCAUCAACAACAUCGACAUCGACAACAACAACAUCGCCAUCGACAACAACAACACCCGAACCAGUCUAUGAUAUUGAUGUUAGGUUUGGCGAUUAAUUAUCGGCGUGAAAUGUGGAAUGUCUUGUAAACCCGGUGCUGCAAAAUUUCCUGUUUAAAAUCAAAUUAUCAUCCAGCAGGUUUCCAAAGAAAAAGUAGUGUUUUUCAAGUGCAAGGCUAAAGACUUUGGUGACGAACUCGUCCGUAGGCUUGUAGUCGUGAUUAACAUAAAAGCUGCUUACCCAUAAAAAUUAUGAUUUUAACAAUUUUGAAAAUAAGUUAAUAAAAUUAAAAAAAGUGCCUACUAGUCAUCGAGAUCUGUAUAUUUUGUGCAUUUUGCAUUUCGAAAAGCAAAUUCUAGUUUCUCACACAAAUUUAUUUUAAUAAUACUAAUUUACGAAAAAUUAUGUACUACAAGGUGGCGCAAAAUUAGACAUCCAAUUUUGUUUUUGAAUAAUUUUUUUACUAAAUAAAUUAAAUAAUUUUAAGUGAUUGAAA